GCCUUAUUUUCUCUUAACUGAUUGGGCCCGCUACGAUAAGAGAACACGGCCGUGUGCCUAGGCGAAGAAGCUAUUUCUGGAUUGUGCUCGAAGCCGCGAGCGAGCGAGAGAGAGAGAGAGAGAGAGAGAUCCUAUAUCGGAUGGCGCCGUGGAAGGAGGCAUCUCCGGGAUAUUUCGGCGACGAUGGUGGUGAUGCGGAAGGGAGUUGCUCGAAUAGGAGGAUUGUGAAGUCAAGCUGCAGGACGGAAGAGGUGGAGCCGGGAAGGUUUGUGAGGAAGUGCGAGAAGACGGAGCAGCUUCUUCGUCAGUGCGCCGGGAGACCUGCAGAAAUUGUGGAAUCAAUUACUGAGCACACUGAAGAUGAUGUAUCUGAUGAAGUUAAACAGGGCUUUCUUCCCUUCGAGUCGAAUGGUUCCGAACCUUUCGCCUUUCCGAGUCUGCGCAGUGACCUCGAAUCAAUCGAGCGGGAAUUUCUCGGUGGUUUCAGCAAUUUCGUGGAAGCUACAGAGAAGAUGACGAAGGAGUUUCUCAACUCUGGCAUUCCAUCGAUGCAGAGGAGCUGGCCGCCUCUUGAACUCCGGCAGCCCCCCGCUCAUCAGCAACAUGAGACCAGACCAUCCAAGGAGAUGAAAGAUCCUUAUGCUUGUUUUGAUGUGGAGAUUAGAGAAGUCUAAGAAUCUUCUGGUAUUUUCAGUUCAUAGUUGAGUAGGCAGACUAUCAGAAAUCAUCAUAUUUAUGAAGGGAUAAUUACAUACACAGCACUCUAAAUAUUGCUAUUUAGAAAACUAGCACCUCGGUGAUUUCUUUGCAUUUAUGCAGGCCUAGAUUGUUACAUUUUGAUAUUUGGGUGAGAAUUUGAAAAAUGAAUGAAAGAGGGCACUAGAUUUGUAAAUACCAAUGUUUUUGUGCUGUGUAUGUAAUUGCCACUUACAUAAAUCAUUUGCAAUUGAUGCAUAAAAAAUUAAUAUGAAAAAAAAUUGUAUAAAAUCAAGUUUUAAUUGCUGUAUGUAUGGCUUGAAGCUGGAUUUAUUGUUCAGAAGGAUAUCUAUAGCCUUUAUGUGCUGUACUUUAGUGCUA